AAAUUGUUUUUCAAAUUUCAUUGAACUGCCAAAUAGGCCUUUGGAAUGUCCUUUUGUAGUACGCUGAUUUCUGGAAAUCCCGUAUUACGAAACCGAAUCCAAAGACCUCAAAAAAGAAAGGUUUGUUCUUAAAGGCCGUGUUUGUUUGCCACUCUCACUCUCUCUUUUACUCGGCAUGGCCAGGACUGCUUCUGGGUCCGCGGCGAGGCCGUCAAUGGUGUCGACCAUCAAAGCUUACUCACUGCCUCUGCUUCUAUUCUUCGGAGCCCUUUUCUUCCAGCUUGUUCUUAUUCCCAAAUCUUUUCCUCCCUCUUACUACGACGUUCUGGGUAUAAAGAGGUAUUCUUCUAUAGAAGAAGUGAAUGAAGCGUACAAAGAACUUUCGUCGAAGUGGAAUUCAGAGGUGGAUGUUCCUAUUACUAUUGAUUUAUUAAAGAUCCAGUAUGCUUAUGAAUUGCUGACAAAUCCAUUAUGGAAAAGGAACUAUGAUUUAUUUGGUCUCGAUGAGCAAUCACAUGUGCUUGACAAGGCCAACCAACAGUAUACGGGCCAAAGUUUUUCAAAAAUGGACCUUCCAUUACUAGAUUCUUCUAUUCCUGAUACCGGAGAUCACAGUCUUAAUGUCAUUACCUCUGAGGAUUUUAAAGCCAUGUUUCAGGAUACUAAGCCAUGGCUAAUUCAGUUGUACUCAUCUGGAAGCAAGCGCUCUGCUCAAUUUUCUGAUGUCUGGAAAAGAAAUGCUGCUUUGUUGGAGGGAGUUGCAAAUACUGCUUCAGUGGAACUUGGAGAUCUUCAACUUGUGGCAUACCUUGCUGAGAAGAAACCAUCAGGGCAUCCUUUCUUCAGAAAUGGCAUUCCCUCUCUUGUUGCUUUUCCCCCAGGGUGUAAAAACGCUGAUUGUCUUAUUAGGUAUAAUGGAGAGCUCUCAGUUGAUGCAAUUACAGAUUGGUUUGCAACGACUAUACUCAGUUUACCUCGAAUUUUUUACUACACAAAAGAAUCAUUGGGACCAAACUUUCUGGCUAAAGCCAGCCCUCAUAAGGUUAAAGUCAUUUUCUUCUCAAAAUCAGGGGAGCGUGCUUCUCCAUUUGUACGCCAAUCAGUAAAAAAUUAUUGGGAUCAUGCUUCUUUUGCAUUUGUGCUAUGGCGAGAAGAGGAAUCUUCUGUUUGGUUUAAUGCGUUUGAGGUGGAAUCUGCACCUGCUAUAGUAAUUUUAAAAGAUCCAGGUGUCAAACCUCUUGUUCACCAUGGUGCAGUUAACAAUUCACAGUUUCUAAAUAUUAUGGAACAUAAUAAGCUACAAGAGCUUCCUCAACUAAGGAGUACAACAUCAAUGGAAUUGGGUUGUGAUGCCCGUGGCUAUUCUCGUGCUGGAUAUGAUACCACUACUUGGUACUGUGCUAUUCUGGCAGGAAGGCAUGGCCCAGAACUCAAUAAAAUGCGUGAAACCAUGCGCAGGGUCCAACAAGUAUUAUCAGAUAAGACUGAGUCAAGUACAGUGGAUGGAGAUGAAUCUGUAACUACAGCAUUGGUUGUGUUCAAAGCUAAACGACUGACAUUUGCUUGGCUUGAUGGGGAAGCUCAAAAGAGAUAUUGUUUCUUCUAUCUCAAUUCUGAGACCAGCUACGAAACCUGUGGACCAAGGAGAGAUAUUACUGAUGUAGCUCAACUAUUUAUUGUGCGUUACAAAAGGAAUUCUACCGAAGAGAAUCGGAAGCCUGAGACAAAAAGAAACAGCAUAUGGGAUGCAUUACAAGAACAGGAACUGGAUUCUGCAGCACAGCUUGUGGCAAGGUACAAUGGUUCAGCUGAAUCUCCAGAGAUUAUUAAAUGGAUAUCUCAAAUAAUCAAGGAUGGUGACUCCAGAGAUCUUCCCCAUUAUAGAACAAAAACUCCCGAUUUAGUUCCUGAGGAUGCGGACCCUAUUUGGAUCAAAAGUUUGCAAAGCAUUACUACACUGUCUUCAGUGAAGCAGCGUUUUCAUGGUAUUAUGAUAAGAAUCUCUGACCACAUUGGAGAUCCAAGAAUUGGCCCCAUCUUGCUUCUGGGAGCAUUGAUGUCUUUUGGUGCCAUCUGGCUGCGGAGGAGUCAACCAACUCUUCAAUCUAAUCCACAGAGUCAACCCAAUACUGGGGAUGCAAGUAGGCUACAGAAGAGAGAUCGAAUAAGAACCGGGUCAAAUAAAGAACCUCGUCCUUCUUCCAUCACAGACCGCGAACCAAAAGAUGCUUACCAGAUGCCAUUUACGGAUUCAGAUUCUGAGUAGCAGAUUCAGUUUUUGGAGUUGAUGAAUCCAGAAACCAAACAUCAAAAACGCUUGUUUAUAGAGAUUUCACAAAUACUAAUAUAUAAUUAUUGGAAGGCAUGAUUUUUUUUUUUUUUUUGGGGUAAUAUUAUUGAAAGGCAUGAUUGUUUGCUUAUAAUGUGUUAGAUAAUGUACUUUCUAUAUC